UGCGACGACAGUGGACAGCAUUCAUAGAACUGAAAUCGGGAAGUGUUGAUCAUUCGUUUGUGUGUGGAGUCCUGAGUAGCACGCGCGGCUCGGUUUCUUCUUAAAGCUGGAAACAAGCUAGCAAAGAGGCAUUUUUUCUGCCACUCGGACUUAAGAAACCCAAAAGAACAAAAUCCAGCAGCUACUUAAAGACAUUCUAAAAGAAACCAAAAAUUUAAAAAAAAAAAGAAAAAACGAACGAAUCGUCUCAAUCAAUCGUCUAAUCCUAGAUUCUCUAAUCCCUCGUCUAACGAUUUCGUUGUCUUUGUGUAAAGCGCGUCUACGCUGCCAUUUCAAAAGUCAUAAAUUCGCGCAACGUCUUACGCUUGACGGAUUAUCGUCCUCAACGCGGCACCCAUCACACUCGUUCACGUGUCAAGGACUUAUUUUUCAACUUCACCAUGCCGACCGUUGCCGAGGAAUCCAUAGAUGCCUUCCAGAACUACUAUGCCCGUCCACCAGAGAGGCCCAAGAAGAAAUCCUUCAAGCAGAUGGUCUAUGACAAUGAGACACAGGAAUAUUUUGGCAGAACCGUUGAAAGCUGGGCAAAAAUUGGCGUUUUCUACACAGCAUUUUAUGGUGUCUUAGUGGCGCUGGUUGCCAUUUGCAUUUGGGCCUUCUUUCAAACGCUAGAUCCUCGUAUACCCAAAUGGACAUUGGAUGGAUCGUUGAUAGGAACAAAUCCAGGUCUUGGCUUCCGACCUCUACCUGAAAUGGAGAAUGUUGAGAGCACUCUAAUCUGGUACAAGGGUACUCAACAUGAAAACUACAGACAAUGGACGGAUUCUUUGGAUGAAUUUUUGGCCGUUUACAAAGUACCUGGUUUAACCCCCGGCCGUGGUCAAAACAUUUACAAUUGCGAUUACAAUCAACCCCCACCAAAGGGACAGGUGUGCGAUGUGGACAUUAAGACCUGGUCUCCUUGCACCAAGGAGAACAAUUACAGUUAUCACAAGAGUUCGCCAUGUGUGUUCUUGAAAUUGAACAAAAUCUAUGGUUGGAUACCAGAAUUCUAUAAUAGUUCAAGUGAAUUACCUGAGAAUAUGCCCAAGAGUUUGAAGACCUACAUAACGGACAUGGAGAAGACACAAGCUCAUAAGAUGAAUACUGUGUGGGUUUCUUGUGAGGGUGAAAAUCCUGCCGAUCAAGAAAAUGUUGGUCCUGUGGACUAUUUGCCCAUACGAGGCUUCCCCGGUUACUUUUAUCCCUACCAAAACUCGGAGGGUUAUUUAAGUCCUUUGGUGGCUGUGCAUUUCCAAAGACCGAAACGUGGCAUCAUCAUCAACAUCGAAUGCAAAGCCUGGGCACGCAACAUUAUUCACGAUCGCAAGGAGCGAUUAGGAUCGGUGCACUUUGAACUUUUAAUAGAUUAACAAACUUCACGGCGGCUACAGUGAAGAGUGAAGAAGAAUAAAACCCGUUCACCCACACAUACACACAGAACAGAACAACAGCAACACCAACACAAACAAAACAAAUAUUUAUUAAAAUUUCGUCUAAUCAUUUUCUAAUAACUUUUGUGAAAAUUACCAACGAUUCAAGCACACAAAAAAACAGUGUUAAAGCCCAAGCAAAGCAAAUAUAUACAAAUAUUUUUUUAAAUCUGCAGCCAGAGACAACUGCAGAGCCUAGCCACACCAUUGUUUUUUUUUU